GAUGUUGUUUUAAUGUUCUGCUGUGCUUCUAGGUUCUGAAAGAGAGAGUGGGUGAGAGGCAUAGAGAGAAAGAGAGAGGAUGGAAAGGAAACAGAGAGAAAGAGGGAGGGACAGAGGAGUGAAGAGAGAGCAGUCAGAGGAGAGAUGUAGUACAGAUUGUGCACCUGACUGAGAGAGAGGACACAAGAAAUGGAUACAGUGCAUCUUUUGAACUCAUAUUAGGACUACCCAAGAUGCAAAGAAAGAAAUGGAAUUGAAAAAGUGACAAGAAGUAAGAGACAAAUUGGAUGAGAGGGAAAAUUCGAUUUCAAGCCAGAUGAAGAAAAGAGAUGAAACGUGUGCGCUGAAGUGCUGUUGAGAAAUAUUCAGCCCUUUAUUGAAGAGAGUGCUGAGGGACAGGGUGACAUCCCAAACUGAUGGGCUGCGAAACGUGAUCACGGCAUCACCAAACUUAACCAUCAGGGUGACAAAAAUGCAUCAUUCCAAACUACAGUAUCCGAACUCUGCUGAACAUGCAGUGGUCUUUAAAUCUGAAACUUGGAGGAAAAUAGUGUGAAUACUGCAGAAGGCAUUGCUAUAGUAGUUCUGAUCUUAAAAAGAAGCAGUCGCCAUUUCAUCCGAACCAGACGCCAGGACACUUUGAACCUCGGACAGCAUUACCUGGAACUGACAGAAGUCUCAUCCAGGGGUCCUUAAUUGCCUCGAUCUCCACUAUAUCAGACGCUCCCUUUAUAGCUUCAUGUGAUGGAUAUUUGAGGAUCAGUCACUAUGCCAGUGAUGAAAGGGCUUCUGGCCCCUCAGAACACCUUUCUUGACACCAUUGCCAAGCGUUUUGAUGGCACACACAGUAACUUCCUGCUGGGCAAUGCACAGGGGAAUCGAGGCUACCCCAUUGUGUACUGUUCAGAUGGCUUCUGUGACCUCACUGGGUUUUCGCGCACCGAGGUGAUGAAGAAGACGUGCACGUGUCACUUCCUGCAUGGACAGGAAACAAGUGAGAGAGUGACCCAACAGGUGGAGAAAACUUUGGAAGGACAGAGAGAGUUCCAGACAGAAGUGCGGUAUUACAGGAAGAAUGGAACCCCAUUCUGGUGUCUGCUGGAUAUCGUGCCUAUUAAAAAUGAAAAAGGAGAAGUGGUUCUUUUUCUCUUGUCCUUUAAAAAUAUCACUGACACAUAUGGCAAAUCGCGUCCCAGCUCCAACACAGAAGACGAUGGAUCUCAAAGCAGGAAGUCCGAUCGAACCCAUCUGAGUCAAGCUCGUGAAACAGGCCGUAGCGUUCUGUACCACCUAACCUGUCAGUUCACCAAUAGAAGCAAAAGGAAACUACCAAAUCAUGUUUUUUCACAGCCGACGCUACCAGAAUACAAGGUGGCUUCGGUUCAGAAGUCCCGUUUCAUCUUGCUUCAUUACAGCGUGUGCAAAGCAUUGUGGGAUUGGUUGAUCCUACUCGCAACAUUCUACGUUGCCGUAACCGUCCCCUACAACGUCUGCUUCUCUGGCCCUGACAACAGUGAACCUGACAACCCAGACUGUAACUCCGCCUCCAGAACCACCCUCGUCAGCGACAUAGCUGUGGAGAUGCUCUUCAUCCUUGACAUCAUCCUGAAUUUUCGAACCACCUACGUUGGGCCCGCAGGUCAGGUGGUUUAUGAUUGUCGCUCCAUCUGUCUGCACUAUUGUACAACCUGGUUCAUCCUGGAUCUCAUUGCUGCAUUGCCAUUUGACCUACUCUAUUUAUUCAACAUCUCAGUGACCUCCCUCGUCCACCUUCUGAAAACAGUGCGUCUGUUGCGUCUCCUGCGAUUGCUGCAGAAGCUGGAUGGUUAUUCUCAGUACAGCGCUGUGGUUCUUACUUUGCUAAUGUCUGUGUUUGCCCUGCUGGCACACUGGCUGGCCUGCGUUUGGUAUGUCAUCGGCCGCCAAGAGCUUGCCAGCAAUGAUCCCCUAACCUGGGACAUUGGUUGGCUGCAAGAGUUGGGAAAGCGUCUGGAGACUCCAUACACCAAUGGUACAGUUGGUGGGCCGUCGUUACGCAGCGCCUACAUCGCUUCGCUGUACUUCACAUUGAGCAGUCUGACUAGCGUUGGAUUCGGAAAUGUCUGUGCCAACACAGACGCUGAGAAGAUCUUCUCCAUCUGCACCAUGCUUAUCGGGGCGCUGAUGCAUGCGGUUGUGUUUGGAAACGUGACAGCCAUCAUCCAGCGCAUGUACUCUCGCCGGUCUCUCUAUCACACGCGCAUGAAGGAUCUGAAAGACUUCAUCCGUGUGCACCGUCUGCCCCAGCAGCUGAAACAGCGCAUGCUGGAGUAUUUCCAGACCACCUGGUCUGUCAACAAUGGCAUCAAUGCCAAUGAGCUUUUACAUGACUUCCCAGACGAGCUCCGAGCAGAUAUCGCCAUGCAUCUGAACAAAGAUAUUCUGCAGCUUCCACUUUUCUCCUCAGCCAGUAGGGGGUGUCUGCGUUCCCUAUCUUUGCACAUUAAGACCUCGUUCUGUGCGCCCGGCGAGUAUCUUAUUCGCCAUGGUGACGCCUUGCAUGCUCAGCACUUCGUCUGCUCGGGGUCUCUGGAGGUGCUGAAGGACGGCAUGGUGCUCGCUAUACUGGGUAAAGGAGAUCUCAUUGGUGCAGACCUGCCUGGGAAAGAUCAGGUGAUCAAAGCUAAUGCAGAUGUGAAGGCUCUGACCUACUGUGACCUACAGUACAUCAGUGUAAGAGCUCUUCAGGAGGUUCUUGAGCUAUACCCAGAAUACAGCAGCCGCUUCAAUGAAGACAUACACCACAACCUCACCUACAACCUUAGAGAGGGCCAGGCCAGAUUCACUCGCUCAGCCCGACUCCCACAGGAGCGAUUUGACGAUUCAAAAGUGCCGUUCAUUGUGGAAGACCAAGAAGAGGAACCCGGACAGGAUCUGGGCAGAAAACCUCUGCUCUCUGGGUUGGGUGGUCCUUCAUCACAGUCUAAUCUGAGCGCCAUGUUGGGCGAGGAGUUUCGACACAUCGGCAUGCUCCGUCUGUGCAAAUCCCCCAUUCAAAGCUCCCGGGUACAAAGCCCCUCCCAACAGAUGGCACUCAACGAGGACUUGUCUCUUGGUACUCUGUCUGCCCCUAGAAUAGAAAAGAGCACCUGCCAUAGGCCAGCCAAACUUCUCAUCCCUGCCCUGAACUGUGUCAGCCCACUGGACCUGAGCCCCAGGGUUGUUGACGGCAUCGAAGACGACGAACAUGCGUUUCACUUCAAUGUUGAGCAUAGCGAACUGUCUCCUAACACAGACGUCAAAGACCCAUUUCAGGUGGGCGCAAACCUGUUGCUUGAGACAGAGGAAGUCAGGCAGAGUCUCCGUCAACUCAAUGCAGAGAUGAACCACCUGAACCAGGAAGUGUCCUCACUGACCAAGGAGCUUCAUGAAAUGAUGCAGUUUCUACAUAACCACGUGACUCCAUCUCACUUCACUUCCUCAUUCACGCCCUUCAGCUCUUUUAACUGUCACACGUCGUCCAGCUGCACAAACGUGGGGUCGUCCACCGCUGAUUGGUCCUCUCGGCUGGGCUACAGCACAUCUACUGGUGCAUGUUUACAAGCGGAGACCUCCAUAAGAGAUUCUUUAGGAUCCAGCCACGUGUGCAUUUGCGGUAGAAGCCACGCCCAGGAAAGAGGCUCUGUCUUGGGACAGGAAUUAGAUACAGAAUUCCUCCAUCAAGCGCCCUCAACCUACUCCCAUUUUUCUUGCUGCUCUGACCAGGAAAGGGUUGCUACCUUGGGUGUAGAGAGUCAGUCGAUCCCCUGUCAGACUUCUAGGACCACACCCAACUCACCUUAUCUAAGACAUCAGACCCUUCAUACUGGUGAGUCUCUCCUGGGCUUGGCUUCAGCUUUUCCUGACAGUGGAUUGGUUCCUCAGGUUAGAAGUGGAGGUUCAACUAUUACUCCUAGCAACACGUUGCCUGUCUGUACCUACAGCAUCCAGAGUCAAUCUCAUCCUUCCCUGAGCAUACAGUUGACCUCUGAUCUAACUUGCCAGCAUUCCAGGGCUUCCACGCCGAUCCAUUCAUCCGUUACGCCAAUCGGCCCAUCACAGCCUCUCACAGCUGUCAGUUCACUAACGCAUGCUGGGAUUUGUAGUACAAACUUGCUGCUUUUUCCCACAGGACCCAGACAGAAUGAUCUGGUGGGGUCAAGUCCUGUUCACACACAUGAGAACAUCUUAUUGUCCAGUGGAGAAACGGAAAAACCUGGACCUGCUGAGGAGUGACUUGGCUAUUGGAAUCUUGAGUAAGGAUAAGGAUUCAGGGAAAGGAGCUCAAAAGUGCUGGAAACAGGAGUGAUGCAUGUAUGAGCUAGUUUAUCUCUUUUUCUACUGCAUGGUUACUGCCUUCAUUAAGGUUAAAUGCAGUGCAUCAUGGGAUCUCUGUUUUGGGUUCCUCUAAGUGUGUCUGACAUGUUUUCUUGUAAAUGCACAUUUUUUAUCAGGCUCUUAUGUUUAGGUUCAGUAAUUUCACUUUAAUGGCAAUGCAAUGGUUUUAGUUGUCAAAUGUCACUUUAGUCAUUUCUUUGGUGUUUAACUAAUCCGACUUUCUUUCGCGGCAAAACCCUCUAAGUACAUACAAAAAUCUCUACACACAAAUCUUCACUGUUCUUGAACAAAAGUAAAAGGCUCAAAAAUUCAAUAAAUAUCCUACACUCUAAAAAUGCAAGGUUAUUUUCUGGGUAUUUUGUAACCCAUUCUGGGUUGUAAUUUAACCCAUGACGGGUUGUUUAAUCUAUUAUUUAAUUAAAUAUAAAAAUGUGUGUUAACCUCUUGACGCACACUAAUUCGUGGGCGGGAGGACGUCACUGUUAUAGCCUAUAGUCUAUAUAGCCUACUGUCUACAAACAUUAAUAAUAUGAAUAUUGCUAUACAUCGUUUAAAAGGUCAAUGGGUUUAGCGCUGUUGUUGAGAUUCAGAUGCUCUAGGAUCAUAAAUGUAGUAUUUUGUGACAGAAGUCCAGAUGACAACAUGCAAAAACAAACAGGACUUCUUACCUUUGUGUUGAUAUAAUGAUCCCGAGUCGAAUCCAGUCUGCUUCAGAUAAGUGAAUAACCCAUGAAAACCGUGUAAUGUAAUACAUCCAAGACCAUUUUUGUCCACAAAUGCGUAUAAUCCGUGAAAUAUAGAUUUAUUGUUUACAUCAGAUUUCGCAUGAACGUCUUGAAAUAGAAUAUAAUAUACAAUCUGAGAAGCAUUUACGUCGUAACACUGUAUAUGAGAUUACACCUUAGGCUCCGGUAAACACAUGAGCCCGCCUUCAAAGUUUGUUUUAAAAAGUAGGGCGGUAGUAUAAUACAUAUUAUCCAAACAGCGCCGUCGUCCCUUUUUGGACCCAACUCUGGGUUGAAAAUAACUCAGCAUUUUUAGAGUGUAUAUUCAGUAAACCUCAUUUAACGUAUGCGCGUCAUCGUUCAUUAAAUUUUUCUUCUGUGCACUUAGAGGACUUUGCAGGAAAAUCAUUGUGGCAUAAAAUGAAAAUUAUUCACUCUCAUGUUAUUACAAACCUGUAUAAAUUUCUUUUUUCUGAUGAACACGUUAAAGGGAUAGUUCACUUUAAAAUGAAAAUUCUGUCAUCAUUUACUCAUUCUCAUGUUGUUUAAACCUGUAUGAAUUUCUUUUUUCUGAUGAACACAAAAGACGAUUUUUUGAUAAAUGAUGGUAAACACACUGCAGUAAGUGACCAUAGACUUCCAUAGUAGGAAUAAAAAAUAUGAUGGAAUUUAAUGGGUACCGUAAACUGUGUGUUUACCAUCAUUUAUCAAAAUAUUUUCUUAGUCAUUUAUCACAAUACUUCCAAAAUAUUUUUUUCUUACUAUGGAAGUCAAUGGUCACUUACUGAUGUGGGUUUACCAUCAUUUCUCAAAAUAUCUUCUUUUGUGUUCAUCGAAAAAAAAAAAAUUCAUACAGGUUUAGAACAACAUGAGAAUGAGUAAAUGACAGAAUUUUCAUUUUAAAGUGCCUAUCCCUUUAACAAAACUGUUCAUGAGCCCCAUUCACUUUCAUAGUAUUCUUUCUCCUACUAUGGAAGAGAAUGGGGUUCCUUCGUGUUCACCAGAACAAAGAAAUUUAUGCAGGUUUGUAACAACAUGAGAGUUUUUAUUUUUGGGUGAACAAUCUCAUUAUUUGAUUCUGCCAUUUCUAAAUGGCCUGAGGGAUUAAGAGAAUUUGAAGCGAAUGUAUUUGAUAAUACAUGCCGUGCGCAUUCGUCAAUGUCAUUAUCUUAUUUUUGGUGGUGGCGUUUAGUCACUUUUGCAUCUCAGCUCUUUGUGUAUUGCAUUGACAAAAACUUUACACUCCCUGAUAAUGCCAGCUCCAGUGGUUUGCCGCUGUGGCUUCUGAUUUUUGACCACGACCCUUGUUAAAAGAUAAGUCAGUACUUCACAGUUACAGUGGAAAUUGUCCGCCAUGAGUCACCAGCCUUGUUUUGUAUUUAGGUUAAGUGUGAAAUCUGUCCCCACUGUUAGUUUUAUGUUGCUCCACAGAGCUUGGUUUUACAUUGGCAAUUUCAUUGUGUAGGUUUUGUACGCUGUCCCCCAGGACUGACUCAUGCAUCACAAAGUGCCAGAUUAUUCAGUCUCUGCUCUCACGCUGCAUUUCUUCAGAGCCUGAUUUUAAAACUCUUAAGUUUUUAAAACUUGAUACUUGAUGAAUGUCCUUCUGUUAUUAUUUCUAUUACUAAACUUUACAAAAAGCAUGUAUAAAACAAUAUAAUUACAUGAUAUAGAUUUAUUUUGUUGCUGAGCAUCCGAUUUUUGUGUGAUAUUUUGGGAAAAAGAAAUGUUGUUUUAUGCACCAUAUUUAUUCAUAUAUCUCUCUCUAUUAUGUCCGUUCUAAGGACUUGCAAAAUAAGCCUCUUUUAUACUGUUGAAUAAAUCUUAAAUUAAAAGCCUUGCAACUGUAAAAAAAAAUACAUUUGCCUGUUGAAAAUGUCAUCUUCACAGAAUAAACCAUAAAGUUGUUUGCCAAUCAUUGCUUUUUUAAUGGAGUAGAUUUGAUUCGCCAAUCACAAUAAUAAGGCUGUCUGGCCCUAAA